AUGGACUCUGAGGCUUCUGAUAUGCUCAAAAUUUGUGAUGGCGGUCAUAAUGAUGGCAACUUACAUGAUAAACGGCUCGCAUCAUGUAGUGGUAAACUUGAGGGUUCUGCUAAGAAGAGGCUGUUUGAUAACAGUGAUUCCUUGCAUAUUUCUAUUAAGAAAUCAAAGGUGUCCUUGUAUGAUGAUCGCGAUGAAGAUGGUGAUCCGUCGUCGGAUAUAACUAAAAGGCUGGGAAAAUCAGUUGAUACAUCAUUUUCGAUGUUGAAGAAAGAUCUUGAAUUUGUUGAAAAGUCAUUUGCGGAAUGUAAAAGGAAGAGGAGAGAAGAAGAGAAGAGAUUAGAGUCUGUAAAGAGAGAGAUUGAGGAGUGUAGCAGAGAGCUUGUAAAUAAGAAGACGCAAUUUAGUUGUGUUAGAAGGAUUAACGAAGUUCAUAAUAAACUGCAGGGGAAAAUUGAAGGAUGUGUUAAGGAUUUUGUAGCGAAGGAAGCACAACUGUGUUUGAUAGAGGACUUGAUUGGCGAGCGCAAGCAAGAGCUUAGGGUAAAACAGAUAGAACUUGGUCAAGUCAUGAAUAACAUUUCGAAUGAGAGGGAAUUUGAUGGACGACUUGAAAGCCAAAUGAAGGGGCUGUUGGAUGAUUUGUUGUUAAAACAGAAGCAUUUCGAAAGGCAAGCCAUGGAGCUUGAAUUAAAAGAGAAGAAACAUGAAGGGCUAGUGAUGAAAUGGGAAUUAAAAGAGAGAGAGUUUGAAGACCAGGUGAAGGAGCUGGAAACUAAAAAGAAGCAUUUUGAAAGCCUGUUGAGGGAGCUUCAGUCAAAAGAGAAGGAAAAUGAAUGCCAAGGGAAGGUGUUGUUGGAUGAUUUGGUAUUAAAACAGAAGCAUCUUGAAAGCCGAAUCAAGGAGCUUGAGUCAAAAGAGAAGCAACGUGAAGGCAUAGUGAUGAAAUGGGAAUUAAAAGAGAGAGAAUUUGAUGGCGAAGUGAAGGAGCUGGAAUCUAAAAAGAAGCAUUUUGAAAGCCAAGUGGAAGAGUUCCAAUCGAAAGAGAGACAAUUGGAAGGAAAAGUUAAGAAAGUUGAUUUUAGAGAGAAACUACUUGAUGGUCGAGGGAAGGAGUUUGAUUCGAAAGAGGCUGAAUUCGAAGGCAGAGUGAAGGAGCUGGAAUUAGAGAGGAAGCAACUUGAUGGCCGAGUGAAGGAGUUUGAUUCAAAAGAGGCUGAAUUUGAAGGCCGGGUGAAGGAGCUAGAAUUAGAGAAGAAGCAAUUUGAUGGCCGGGUGAAGGAAUUUGAUUCAAAAGAGGCUGAAUUCGAAGGCCGGGUGAAGGAGUUGGAUUCAGAGAAGAAGCAACUUGAUGGCCGAGUGGCGGAGUUUGAUUCAAAAGAGGAUGAAUUUGAAGGCCGUGUGAAGGAGCUGGAAUUAGAAAAGAAGCAUUUCGAAAGCCGACUGAAGGAGCUUGAGUUAAAAGAAAAGCAAUUCAAAGAACAGAUAAAAGAGUUCAAGUCAAAAGAAGAGGAGUUCAAAAUUCAAGCGAAGGCGUUUGAAUCAAAGAAGAAUGAAUUUGAAAGUCAAGUUAAGGAGCUCAAUUCAGAAGCGAAGCAAUUUGAAAGCAAAAUCGAGGACUUCAAAUCAAAAGAGAAGCAAUUUGAAAGGAAAGUUGAGGACUUCAAAUCAAAAGAGGAGCUAUUUGAGGAUCGAUGGAAAGCACUGGAGUCAAAAGAGAGACAAUUUGAAGGACUAGUAAAAAAUCCUGAAUCAAAGCUGAAUAAAUAUGGGGAAAAAGAAUCAGCUACAUCUUACAUGGAUGAUGAAUCAAGUCCUCCCAUUGAUGAAACAAGUUUGCAGUUGGUCUCCUGUGAGCAAUCUGACAUUCUAGCUAAUCUGAGAGAAUCAUCGGAUCCAGCAGAAUUGAAGGAGCUGGAAUUAGAAAAGAAGCAUUUCGAGAGCCGACUGAAGGAGCCUGAGUUAAAAGAAAAGCAAUUCAAAGAACAGAUAAAAGAGUUCGAGUCAAAAGAAGAGGCUCCGGUACUAAUGGCGACUUCAUCCUUAGAAAUGGUAAGUCUCUCUCUUCAAUUUUAUUAGAGUAAAUUUCAAUUGAAUCCUUUUAAGAGUAAUAUUGUUUGAAGUGUUUUUAAUUUUGUACUUAUUUUCUAGGAUACUGAAG